ACCACUUCAAGUAAAGUAGCCACAAGUGAAAUGACUGCAUCGCCAACAUGAAUGCCAAAAGAAGUACUGUCAAACUGUUUGAGGAGGUUAAAGCAUCAGCUCCAGAAAUUCUGGCCCAAAUCAUCCAGCUCCUUGCAACGUGCCAUAAGAUGGGCAUUCAUGUGCCUCGAGGGAUCAAAAACAUCUUUGAGUUCACCUGGGAGGAGCUAAUACUAACAUCCCCCAGGAAAGUUGCCACUGGUGACUUCUUUCCCAUUGUCCACUUAUCUCCAGCCUUGGGAAACUUAUCCUCUGGCUCUCUCUGCAAGCCCCACAUUGCAAAAAGAACUACCAUCAGAGGUGCAAGACUAGAGCCAAAGUAUGCAUCUCCUUCAGCUGAAAAUCAGCAGAUACUCUUCAGGUUCCAACAAAGGUCCAUCCACCUGCUGAGUGAACUCCUCAAGCUGAAGAUGCAGGCGAUGAUCAAUUCCGUUUCUCGUUAUAGCACUGAUGACACUAGCAAGAAGUUUUUGGAAGCCGCUCAGCUGCUGCGCCCCAGGAAUCAGGAGGAGGCUGCUGAAUUAAUGGCACAAACACCCAAAAAAAAAGUGUUACAUGGCAUCUACAGGACCAUCCAGAUUUCUUCCACCAUUCAAAUUGUGCACCAGGUCCCCAUGUCCUGCAUCAGCUUCUCGCUUUCAUCAAAGACGAACAAACAGCUACAGCCUCACCCUUCCUCUAAAUUUAAAGCCGUGAAGGAGACACCACCUGCAUACCAGCAGUUUGAUCCCUGCCCUGAGGCCAGACAGAAGCUCAAAGAAAUGUGCCGACGUAUUUACCCAACAGGAAAUAUUGCUGUUUGCCAGCUCCCUUUAUGCUGCAUGGGAAAAUGUAUCACCCUUCUCUUUAAUGAUUUUCCAAGUCUAGAUGUUUUAGCUUGUUUUGCAGCUGAAGGCCAGGCAUGUGUGCAUUAUUCCUUCAAAGCCCGCUGUUCACUUGCAUUAAUGAUGGAUCUUGGAGGAGGAAUUGUCAGGGACAGAGAUGGAUAUGUAACUCAUGAAUGGACUUGGUCUUCAGGGACUUUUCAAUCUUUAGAAUUUCAGAUAAAUGACCAGCUAAAACUAAAAGUACUUGGUCAAAACACCAUGACAGUUUUUUUUACCUCUUUGGGUGAGACCAUCCAUCUGUCUCUGUCAAGAUCUGCAUGCCCACAUGCAUGCAAAGUUGACAAACGGGGAUUUUCAAAAACCAGCAAUAUUGAAGAGAGUGAAUACCAAUUAAAGAGAGCCUUGGUAGAGAUUAAGAAGCGAUUCCAGAGGACAGUGAAACAAUUUAUAAAUGCCAUUUUGAUGGCUUCAGGUUUAUAUUCUAUAGACUAUCCAGUCCUGCAAAGAACAAAGCAAAUGAAGUUCAAAACAAAGGCAGUGUCACCUCAGACCUGGACUCAAGGAGUGAAAGAAAAGGAUGCUUCAGUGGCUUCAGAUACAAAAAGACCUCAAAAACCCUCAAGCAGACAAGCUGAACAAAAGACAUCAUCUUCCAGGCUUUCUAGCAGGGCAGCUGAUGAAGGCAGAUCUCACCUGGCUAUCAUGACACGACCGAAGCCUGCACCAAGGGUUAAAAUUGUUGCAGCUGGAGAUAAAUACUCUCCCAGUGCAUGGGCUUCCUCUAUGGCUGACUGCCCUAUUGUGCUUCGGAAGCUGCUGACCAAAGAAGACACUAGACCAGGCUGCAAGUGUAUUGUGAAAAUCCCAUUUGUUACAGACUUGGAGUUUGACAAGUUUAUCUCAGCCCCCAGAAAGUCCGAUCAGAUCCUAGUGAUCUUUGUCUUCUCAUCCCAAAGUCCUGCCUGUUCUCCCAUCUUGGAGGAGACCUUACAGAACCUGUACAUAGAAAAACAGCAUGGGCGCCCAUCUCCGUGCAUUCAGUGCAAACAUGACUCUUACCGCCUGUUGCGGUAUGACAUGGACAGCUCUGCAAGACAACAGCCACCGCUACUUGUGCAGAAGCACGCUGUCACCCCAGGGAUGGUGCUGAUGUACGCUGGAGGGAAGCUGCUGUUUGGAGGCUAUGUUUUCAACGGAUACGGCUGCAGCAAGAAGGACCUGCUGAAACAGAUCAGCAAAGCUCGUCUCGACUGCAAGAUGGGCCACUUCCUGCCAGAGAGUUUCAAAUUUAGCACUGUUCCCUUGGAGGACCAUUACCUAGAUACAGAAAUGAGCAAAGAAAACAAACUGAAGAUAGUCAGCAAAGAGUUUUUUCCUAUGGACAAGGACAAAGCCCCUUCCUGCACAAAGAUUAAUGAUCUUGACAAGCAUGAAGUGCCUCUUGCCAAUGCAAAAGCAGAAGAGAAACUCAAAGCUUUGGAAAGAAAAAGACGGCUGAAGAAAUAGUGUUGCCAGCCAGGAGAGAGCUUAUGGAAUAAACAAAUCCACACGUGUAUAUACUUCGCACAGCAGUGUCAAUGCAGCUACAUUUCUCCAAAUAUACUCUGCCAUUAUUUCAAUCUGUUAUAUUCUGAUUGCUAACAACAGGGUGUAUUUACUUUUCAAGCCUAAGUAUAAAG